AUGGCAUCAAAAAAUACAUUGCCAGUGGUCAACCAUGAUGAAAAUAUCGCACCUGAAGAAGGGCACUCCCCUUCACCUGACGUGAGCAAAUCGCGGAGGAAAGCUCCACGUUCACAAGUGAGAAAAGUUGUAAGAACAGAUUUACAGAGUAAAGUUCAAGAAGAGACGAAUGUAACACAGCCUUUACUGGCAGUGAAGUCUGAAACAACGUCGAACGAAAGUUUUCAAGAACCUGAAUGCAGUGAAAGACAAGUGCAGAAUAUGGUUCAAGAUGUGAUAAACACAACAACUACAUGUAAAGUUUUAACAUCACCAAGGAAUGAAAACAUUAGCAUACAAACUGUCAGGGAAAGUGGGGUUCGUGCUAUCAAUGUUACAAGUGAAACAACGGUAUGUUAUUGGUCCGUAUGCUUUUUUCAUAAAAAGUAUCUCACAAGCGUAAGUUAAUUUUUCUGUCGGAGACUGUAAGCACAUUCUAUGCUGGCAAACUGCAAAGGUUGCCAAAAUCUGCUAACCAUGAAUAAUGAGGUAUUCAAUAUUCAUUUAAUACCAUAUUUAUACCCAGGCUGACCAGUAAGUUUCUCCAUGGAUUGUAAAAUAACUGGAUAGGGAACUUCCUGAUGUCACAGUCUAAACCUGUUGCAAUCUGUGACGUCACGUGUAUUGCCAAAGUUCUCGGCAUUUUUGUUGUUUCGCUAUAUUUUCCGCUUUAAAAGAGUAAUAUUGAUCGAAGCAUAAACUGGUCUAAUUGUUUUAAAAACAUGCCUAAGCCACGACAAAGUAUUCAAGGUAAAUGUUUUUCGUCUUUGUUUUGUAUUUUUUUACAUUUGUAGCUACGAAAUUGGCGUCGUCAAUUUUAUCGAAAUUUGUCAUGCAUUUUUCACUGUUUAGUGCUUGAAGUAUUUGCUAAAAUUGACCGGGAAUACUUACAGAUUUCAUCGUAGAAUGGCCUAGUUAUAUUUAUUUGCUCUUUGACUAAAAUGUUUAGCUGUAAUAUCGCUAAAUAUGCCGUUUUUGAGAAUUUGGUUUGCAACUAGGUUUCAACGCCAUCAUCCCAUUAAAAACAUUAGGUCACGUCAGCUAGUUUCCUAUCCAUGUAUUUUAUUAUCCAUGGUUUCACUGCACACAUCUCAGUAAGAUGUUUUGAGGCUCCGUCUGUCGUUUCCAUACUGUAAGUAGCCAUUUUUGGGACAGCACCUAUACCAUUUCACUGAAUCAGCCAGCCGGUGAAACCGCCUUCUGACAAACUAACCUACUAAGGAUAGCCACAUCAAAACAAACAUUGAUGCCAAAUAAUUGUUACUCUCCGCCGUUUAUACCCGCGUGUCAUCCGUGAAGAAGAAGUAUGGACGCCAGAUUGUCUGUGUAGACGAGCCAAGCAGAAGGUUCAUUUUCAUGGAUGUUGGUCUAUUUAUAGCACGUUUAUACACAAGAAAUCGCCUAUGUAUGUUAUUUUCUACGCUAGGGUCAAAUUCAACCUAACCAACAUGAAGGACUAAUGUUUUAAAGGACUCAGCGGAUGUUAAGCAUCCAUUGUUUGAAGAGUUUUUCACUGUGCUAACUGUGGUGUGUGCGUUUAUUUUUAGGUGAUUGAAGAAGACUACCAACGGAAAUAUUUCCACCUUUUAAACACGAUGAAUGACCUUCAGGACAAAUUUUUGGUUUCCCAAAGAAAUUUUGAAGACCUUGUUAAAGGUAUCUAUCUGCUCCAGAUUAUUUCUUAUGUUUCUCGGUAAUCUUGAAAAUGUUUGAUGAAGGCAUAGUUCGUUUAAGACCUCUUUCUACACAUGUUCAACUUAUUUCUUAUUAAAACAUAACCAAAAUGUAAUUAGAAUCUAAAAACUAAAAAAUAUGGUAGAUUAAAAGUACAGUACAUGUAUAUUUCGCUGAUUCUCAGCCUCUUCAGUUUCACGCAAUUCAAUAUGGCGCCAGUUGGCCUAGGGAAGCACGGAUUGCAGAUACCACUUACUAAUGCGUUACCCUGCUAUACAGAAGUUGAUUGUAGAAUAUUGUUACCAGAUGGAUAACAAUGCUCUGACUUGAUAUCCUUCACAUGUUGUGUAAGUAGAGUUACAGUUGGUUCUCUCCUGUCAUUAGGGGGAUCGACUCGCCUUCUACUCGUCACGUUUGAGCUGCGUCCGAAUAGUAAUAUCCCGUAUUUCUUUUUGAAUACAGCCAGGGAAGCUUUUAUAGAAGAACUGAAAGGUAAACUGGAAAGUAAUCAUCGAGAAAUUGGUUCAAUCAAACAGGAGUUGGAGACGAGCAACAAUAAAAUAUCCGAGUUAGAAGAAAAAAGGAACUUGUACGAAAAGAAAAUACAAAACUUGAGCGUGAAAGGUUGGUAUGCAUUCACCGUGUUCAAAAGGACGUGCAUGUGAAUUGCCCUUUUGCUAAUAUAGCGAUGCUAGAUAACUUUGACGGCAGGAGGCUGUACUGUAGGUUGCUUUCGUACGAAAUGACGUUUUGAAGAAGGCCGAAAUAUGAGCACGUUUCACAGAGAAUUUCUUGCAAAAAACCUACCUAACGAACGAAAACAGAUUAAUUAUAUAGCCUUUCCAGUGUUUAAUUACAAUAUUUCAUGAUAGCUCCUUAUUUUAUUUUUGCCCCACUGGAAAGAUUUUGGAAACGUAGACAGCCUGAGAGCAAGACUAACUUGUUUGAACUUAUAGACCACUGCAAAGAGACAACUUGCACUUACUGCAGACACUGCUAGGGUAUCAUUAUUUUCAUCAAGCACUUUGUUUGAAUUGUUUCUAUAUUUUUAAUGUGCUAGAUCACUUUUUAAUUGAGCAGUUCUUGCUUGCAGGGAUCUUACUGUAGUUUAGCAUGCUUAUAUUGCGCUGAGAUCGUGUACAACUUGGCCAUGAACCCAGUGUUUUGGAUCUGCUGGGUUAGCUUGGGUAUACCCUGCUUGAAUCAGAAAUUCAUGCAGCUGAACAUACAACUAUAUUAAAGUGUAGACUAUUGCAUACAUAUAUUAGCGUGAACAGAAUAAAACACUUUGACUUUGUAUUUCACUGCAACUACAGUAUAUGUUUGGAUAUAUCAGUUGUCAGAGUGAACGUCUUGUCAGACUAGCAUUUGAAACUCAUUUUCAACUAAUACUAACAGGUAUAUUUCAUUUUAAAUUAGGCAGGACAAACCCCUGACUUUUUUCCACACCCAGAGGAGUGAGCAAAUGGUAAUUAUAUAUGUCGUGCGUCAUACUCGGAAGCUACCGAUGACCUCCUGGGGGAUGGGCUUUUAUGUAUAUGUUUAUGAAAGUCGUUGUGUACUUGCCGAAAGUAGACCGCAAUUUCUAAGAAACUAAACCACAAACGUUUUCCAUGCAGUUCCAUGUUUUCCAGUUCCAACUGGUAACAUGAAAUCUUGCCCCAUAUCUAGAAUAACCUGGUAUCACUAUACCUACUCUACCAAUAUAUUUUCCAUCGGAAAGUUUACAUAUUUUAUAAAACAAGCCUAGAAAACCUCUGCAGUUGAAGAGUUUCGUGUCGACUCUUACAUUUUAUGUAUGACUGACAAGUAAAUUUAGCACUAAAAUGAGUCAAAAUACAAAAUAGUGUGUAGUAUAAACAAACAUCAUGAUUUGGGGCAUCUAAAAGUUGAAGAGUUUUUGUUGAUGGAGAUAAAUGGGGAAAAGAAAUCGUUAAAAAACCUUAAACUAUAGAUCCCAAAAAUGACAAAAGUUGUGAAUUUCACAAGUUUUAAAAUGGCAUGCAUUUAUAAACUUUUGAUUAAUCAGUUUGUUUUUGCUCGUGAGGUAAGUUUUUGCAAGAAAUUCGCAGCGUGUCAAUAUGUCGUCUCCUUAUAAACGUUGAAGCGAUUUAUUGAUGGAAAUCUCGAGUGUAAAUUUUAUGGAUGAAAAAAGUUGUUAAAAUCCGCCAUUUCGUCUUAUAAAAGCAAAGUGCCAUUUGGACACUUGCCCAAAUAUUAAGUCGAUUGUUACUAUAUUAUCACCUUUUGUGCAAAUCACAGUUGUUUAAGGAUUUCAAACUUUUUGGCCUUAAAUUUCAUGCAGUGUAUAUAGCUUAAUUUUUGACCAAUGCAUGCUUUCAUGGUUGAACAAUUAUUGUUGCAACGUUGUUAAACAGUUAUUUACCUUUCAUUCAAAGGCUUUUAGAAAUGGGGCGGUUGCGCUCAUUGUGUCUUCCACAAAUGCAAUUAUACAAAAUAUAAAAAGAUAAAAAUGUUUGAAUCUCGUGGUUUGAUAAGUGGAGGACAUGCUCAUGGUCGCAAUUUGUCUCCCAAUGAGGAAACAUUGACUUCAAAUUCUUAGAAAGUAAUUGCAUUGAUGAAUAUUGCAUAUAGUUACAGAGGAUUGUUAUACUUCUAGUUGAAGACAUGAAAGUGAUGGAAGCUGAAGUGAAACAUCAAGUUUUGAAAAGUAGAGAAGACGAACUACAGGUAUAUGAGUAAACAUUUUAAAAAUUAGUUCAAGAACUUAUAAAUAAUGUUGUGUUGUUUAGAGAGACAUUGGUUGUAUACAGUACAAUAACAGGGGUGUAUGUAGUUAAGAGUAGGUUUCUUGUUUCUCUACCCCCGAUUGUGCAAGGAUCAUUUUCUCCCCUAUCCAGGAGCAGUCAGAAGAAAAAAUGGAUAAUUGAAAGACCGAUGAGCGAUAGUGAAUUCUCCGGUUUUAAAGCGUUUUUGACCAUGUCCCGGCUGAGUUGCUGGCGGAAAAAUUGUGCAGUUAGCAGAAAAAUCAGAAUUAUGAAAAUCCUAUUUUCACGAAAUUCAAUAUUUUAGUUUUCUUCCUCUCUCCUUCCUCGUCUCCUCGUUUAGGAUCACUUCCCUCAAACCCCCGACUUUUUUCCACACCCAGAGGAGUGAGCAAAUGGUAAUUAUAUAUGUCGUGCGUCAUACUCGGAAGCUACCGAUGACCUCCUGGGGGAUGGGCUUUUAUGUAUAUGUUUAGUUGAUGUGAAUAUGUGAUGGAUGAUUAAAGUAAUUACUUUUCAUGUCUUUUUGCCUGUCUACACGAAUAACAUGGUGUCAGUAGUGGGAUUAAAUCGAAACUAGGAAUUACAAAGGGUGCAAUCUACCUUUAUUCGCCGCCUAUUAGCGCUGGUUAGAUGUUCAGAAACAAACAAAAAUCGGCGAAGUCGUGCGAACAUUUCGACCGCCAUUUUGAAUUUUUAAAAUUUGUAUUUUCACGUUGAAUCACGCUAAAAGCAACACAAUAAACGAGCAAUUCCAAAGAACGAGACACCAAUAUUGGACGUUAAAGCGGUUCGGGCCAAUAGAAAUCAUUUCAGACACUGGGAAACUUGGUUUGAUGAUUACUGUUUGCUCGAAGGAUACAGAGAUCUGACAAAAGACAGAACUACUCAAACGAAUGGCCAUUUCAUGCAUCGCAGCUAAACGGCCUUGAAAUAGCUGUACUUCGGGACAGCAAUACCAAGCUCAGAAUGGAACACGCUUGACGAUGUAAUCGCUCCAAAAAUAUCAGCAGAUGAUCAACAAACGUUAUGGCAAGACCGCUACCACUUCUGGGUGAAAAUGACACAACUGCCAACAGCUCCAAUAGCAAUGUGGUAAAUACACUUUCUCAAAGUCCGUUUUGGAAUACGGACUUUUCCAGCCUGCUUCGCGCGUUUUUUGCUCGACGUGUAUUUUGGUCGGAGGUUGGCCGGGGUGUGAUGGGGGUCAUUCUAGCCAAUGAAAAGCGUACAUUUAAAUUAUAUGAAUUAAUUAUUCAAAUGUCGUUACAGUAAUUAGGCUUUCGACUUAUUUAUAUACAAUAAACAAUAUUUAAUAAAACAACGUCAUUUCAAAGUAGAUAUCUCGAAGAUGCAAUAAAAUAUUGGCAACAGAGGCAAACUGUUGUUGAACUGAGUUAACUUUUCUAAACUAAAGCGGCAUUUUUGUUCCCCACAAGAACGGCAAACAAUAUUUGUUAAUAUAAUGUUAGUGUAGUUUCAUUACAACGAACUCUUCCAAUUUUAUAUAUUACUGUAGGCUAAUGUUUUCGCAAACAUUCGUCUUUUUAUGUCUAGGGAAGAAUCGCCGUCGCUUAUCUACAUCUUCCAUGUCUUUGCCGCAUUGUAGACACAACAUCGGUCAUAGAAUUUGGAGAAAGAUCGUCUUGAAACCGUUAAAUAAAAUAUAGUCAUAGAAAGAUUGAAAGAAGUAUAAAUCUACCGUAAAUUUAUAUGACAUUUUAGUCUAAAUUGUUAGCAUUUUCUUCAACCGCUUAUGUUAUUAACAGUUAUUGUCAUUAGAAAUUACUGUGUUUUCAAAUUUGAGCGGAGAUCUAGGAUAAAAAAGUCAAAGGAAAGUCUAUUUACAAAGUGAGCUGAAAUCGAAAACUUUUCUGCUGUUCCUUUGGAGCUCAAGCUGAUGAAUUCAUGCGUGACAAAUUUCUCUUCAGCCUUAGUGAAACAUUCAGCCAUUUUCGCGAGGACAUUUUCUAUCGGGAUGAUCAAGGAAAGCCAGAGGACCCUCAAUCCACCCCAGCCUUUGUCGUUUGUCAAGCUCUAUCUUAUGAGGCGGCACAGAACAAGUAAAAUGCUCCAACAUUCGACCACUGAAGAGUAAGUAAGGGUCUGGCCACCUUAUGAGGCUUUAACCAUGGACUUCAUUACUCAACAAUGUCCCUCUUUGUUUAAAGGAAUAGUACACCUGGGCCCACCAGUUGACUUUGAUCUUGAUCCAAGUGUCAAACCUACCCAUGGAGUCCAUCGCCAGCCAGUUUCCAAGCUUGAUAAAGUCAAGGCAGCAGUAGAUUCUUAUGAGGCUACAGGGCAACUAGUAAGAGUAUCACAGCCGACUGAGUGGAUAUCUGAUAUGGUUGUCCGAGAAAGAAUAGCAACACCAACUAAGCCAGGCAAGAUCCGCGUCUGUCUAGAUCCAUCGCAGACCCUCAACAAGGCAAUAACGUCGGCCAAAAUACAUCAUUCCCACGUUGGAGGAGAACUUGCACAAAUUACACAAUGUAAAGUGCAUGACAAUUCGCGAUGUGAAAGAGGCAUUCCAGAACAUCCCGUUGACUUCCCGCUCCUCUCUGAUGACCACUCUGUAUCUUUUCGGGGCGCUAUAGAUGGACGUGACUCCCUUUCGGGAUAUCUUCUGCAUCUGAAGAAUGGCAACGUCGUAUCCACAUGGUCCUUGAAGGCCUCAAAGUCGUAAGCAUUGCGGAUGGUAGCCUAUAGUUCCAGGAUGCGGUGACACAGAUAAAGAGGCCAGGGUUGAUCAUGACCGAAAUCUUAUCGCAGUGCUUGAACGCCUUGAGCAAAAUCAUGUCAAGAUCAAUGCCGCCAAGAUGAAAUUCAUGACGACAAUUGUCACCUUUAUGGGUCGUCUAAUUACUCCAGAUGGCCUUCGACCAGAUCCAACAACGGUUGAGGCUGUGACGAAUUCACCAGCACUCCAUGACAAGCAGGGAGUCCGCCGAUUCUUGGGGGCUAUCAGCUACCUGAGCAAAUUCUGUCCCCAGCUGAGUAGCGUCACACAACCAUUACGAGCCUUUACCAAGGACGAUAUGCCAUUAGUGUGGUCUAAUCAACACUUGAAAGUGUUUGAUGAAGCCACGUCACUAGCAACGUCAGCACCUUGCCUCAAUUAAACAUAUUUAGAUCGAGGACGCGGACGUCAAAGACGACGUGAAAAUGGCGUCAAAAUGGCGUUGCAUAUCCAUACAUGGGCACAACACGUCAUUUUCACGUCGUCUUUGACGUCCGCGUCCUCGAUCUAAAUAUGUCUAAUACUAUGAUGUGAACGCGCCUGUGGUUCUCCAAGUGGACGCUUCUGACUACGACCUGGGGGCAGCCCUUCUUCAGCCUUCUCGGCAAGAAAGUGACGGCACUUUUGAGUUUUGACGAAAAGUCCCUCCAGCCGGUGACUUAUAGCUUUACAAGCCUGACCGCGACUGAACAACGCUAUGCUCAAAUAGAAAAAGAAUGCCUCGCUAUUGUUGAAGCCUUUAAGAAGUUUGACCAGUGGCUUUUGGGAAAAGCUAACGUCACAGUGCACACUGACCACCAACCUCUACAGUGUAUCUUCCAAAAGGAUCAUGUCUCAGCUCCGAAACGUCUUCAGAAAAUGAUGUCUUUUACCGAAAGGGCACCUCCCUCUACUAGGCUGUCUACUCCCUCUAGAACCCCGUGUAGAGAAAGCCCUAAGGCUUCAAAGGAAUCGGACAUGUUCCAAGUUUUCCGCGCACAUAUCAGUCCGGUUGAUCCAGUUUGUACUUCUGUAAGUAUCUAUCCUGUUUGUACUUCUGUGAUAUCAACCAAGAUUGGCUCGACUGGAAAAAUGCGUUUCUUGCCGCGGUAUCGGAUUUUGUUCCCACGAAGAAACUUCAAACUCGAAACCAUCUCCCAUGGAUGAACAGUGAGAUUCUUCAUAACAUCAAGAAGAAAAACUCUAUAAGAAUGAGAAUAAAAAGAUCCUGUUCACCAAGUCAGCACCUUAAAGAGAGUUUUCGAAGUAUACGUAGAAAGAUCAAGCAAAUGUUACGUGAAAGUCGACUAAAGUACAUCAACUCAAUUUGUUCGUCUCGUGGACAAAAUCCCAAACGUUUUUGGACAUUUUUUAAAACAAAAAUUAAAGUAUCAAAUAUUCCAGAAAACGUUUCCAUGAAAGUGAACAACACUGAAAGAACUUCUGCCAAUAACGCCGUAGAAAUAGGCCUUUCCAAGGUUUCUACCGCCAUAUUGCAGGGGGUGCAAAAACAUUGGGGCGAGCGCGCGGCCACCAAUGGCGCCCAUACUAUUUCCUAUUGAGUGAGUGAAAAUUACCUUUUGACAUUUUGUCCUUUUUCUCAAAAAAUUUCUAUACAAGCAUAUCCAAUUUUUAUUUUUAGAUAAUCGCUGGGUUUUUUCUGAUAUGUGGCCGAGAUUUCUUGCUAAUCGAAGGACAGGAAGUAAUAAAAAACGGCGGCUUUUGUUGUACAACUUGACCGACGUUUGAGCGAUGAUUUUUGUACAAAUAUAGAAAUAUAAACAGUAAUAAUGGCGGACACCAAAGGACUUACACGUUUAAUGGACAAAUAUUCUUCCAAAGAUCGGUUAAACAAACGAAAUAACAAGAAUCAUCGCUCAAACGUCGCUCAAGGUGUACAACAAAAGCCGCCGUUUUUUAUUAUUUCCUGUCCUUCGAUUAGCAAGAAAUCUCGGCCACAUAUCAGAAAAAACCCAGCGAUUAUCUAAAAAAUAAAAAUUGGAUAUGCUUGUAUAGAAAUUUUUUGAGAAAAAGGACAAAAUGUCAAAAGGUAAUUUUCACUCACUCAAUAGGAAAUAGUAUGGGCGCCAUUGGUGGCCGCGCGCUCGUCCCAAUGUUUUUGCACCCCCUGCAAUAUGGCGGUAGAAACCUUGGAAAGGUCUAUUGCAAAUACAUUCAACACGUAUUUCGCCUCUAUCUUUACGCAUGACUCCGAUAUUGAUCACCAACGACAUCAAGACAAAUAUAGAUCAACAACGAUCAGACAAGAUAUUGAUCAACAACGACAACAAAUCAUUACGCUGUGCCUGUGGCAUUCUUCCUGAUGAUUGGAAAUUAGCUAAUGUCGUACCUGUGCAUAAGCGAGGUGAGAAAUCCUACGUAGAGAACUAUCGACCAAUCUCAUUGCUUUCACUUAUCUCUAAAGUACUCGAACGUUGCGUCUUUAAUAACAUCAAACAUCAAGUAUUCCAACAAAUCAACUCUUGUCAACACGGAUUUGUGCCAGGAAAAUCGUGCGUGACGCAACUUAUUGAAGUAUUUGAACAGAUAGGGCGCAAAUUGGACAAUGGUGAACAAAUAGACGUGAUUUAUUUAGAUAUGUCGAAGGCAUUCGAUAAAGUAAGUCAUACUAAGCUUCUUCAUCGACUACGCGAAUUUGGGUUUCGAGGAAACGUCCUGAACUGGUUCUCAUCGUAUCUCAGUAAUCGUCGUCAGUAAACAACGGUUCAUGGAGCAACAUCAAGACCUUUAGCCGUAACAUCCAGAGUGCCGCAAGGUUUGAUACUUGGCCCAUUGUUGUUCCUAUUGUACGAAAACUACCUCCCCAACACCGUGAACAAUUCAACUAUUUUAAUUUUGGGAUAGGUAAUAGGACCUCUACAUGCGUCUUGGACCUGUGGUGUACUUAAAAUCAUUAUUUAUCUAAUGGAUUACUGUUAUUUUCAACGGGGUCUUGAAAGUAGACCAUGCCGUGAAAUAUUGUAUAAAAGGUGCACGCGUUGUUUUGUGUCUCUUUAUGUCAUUCCAUUGUAGAAAUAUCGUAAUUGAAGUUAGCAUGUGCUGUAUGUAAAGUUAUUACUUGGUAAUUGAUAGGUGUAAUUUGAUGAUGCACAUGAAUUUAUCGAUAUCACAGGGUCGGAUUUGACCAUACUGCGAUGUUGUAAAUUAGGAAUUGGUAACAAGACUUGUGAUUUUGCGUUGUGUAAUUUUCCUGUAUCUCAUUUGAGUAAAUGGUUUUCUUAAAUAUAUCUUCACAGGGUCUGGAAAGUAGACCAUGCAGUGAGAUAUU